UUCGCAAAUCAUUCAUCGCAGGAGUGUUGCUGGUGGCAGUGGCUUUCCUCAGUACUCUACAAUUAGUUGUUAUUUCUAAGCGUUUUAGAUUUGACACAAAAUGCAAUUCUCGGAUAGUAAAAACGAAGGUCGCCAACCUAUCGCAGUAGGCAUUUUAGAGGCUGGCAAUCGCGCUGGUAUUGCGGGUGUUGGCGCGAGUAACGAAUUGGAAUAUGAAUUUGUGUUGGCGCGAAUUGGAUUCGGAAAGACACAAUGGAUAUUACUCUUCAUCUCCGGCUUGUUAACUCUCGGCUCCAUGGCCACCCAAACCUCGGUGGGUAUCAUGGCCAUAGCGUCACAAUGCGAAUUUGGCAUGAGUCAAGGUGAAAAAGGCAUAAUGAUGGCGGCAUGUGUGACAGGCAUUUUUCUAUCCACAUACUUUUGGGGCUAUGCCAGUGAUGCCAUCGGCCGUCGUUCGGUACUCUUCUAUGGCAUGCUGGUCACCAACUUGCUACAAUUGAUCUCAAUGUUCAUUACAAAUAUAUGGGUUUUCAACGUGGUAAACUUAUUAAUGGGCGUAAGUUUGGGAGGCGUUUCAGCAGCCAUUUACGCAUACCUCGGUGAAUUCAAUACUGACAAACAUCGCGCUGUAGUUAUAAAUUAUUCAACGAUGUUCGUAAGCGUCGCAGCGAUUUAUAUGCCAGCUACCUGUUGGUUGGUCCUCUCUGCAGACUGGUCACUUCACAUAAGCGACGGUUUUGUUUUUCGCCCUUGGCGUUUGAUAAUUCUUUUUAAUUUAUUGCCAGGUUUAAUUGGAGCGCUGUUGCUGUAUCCCUUUCCGGAAAGUCCAAAGCUAUUGUUGGCACAGGAUAAGGAAUACGAGGCCAUUGCUGCACUGGAAUGGAUUUGUAAAUUUAAUUGCGGUCGUUCACUCGGUAGUGUUUUAGGAAAUGACACAGAUUUGAAAUUGAAGCCAGAACAAAUUGGUGACGAUGAUUUGCGCAGUGGUGGGGGUGGUGUUUGUGGCAUACUCGUGAGCAUUUGGAGAGCUACAGUGCCGCUCUUCCACAAACCACAUUGCAUAAAUUUCAUAUUAAGCAUUGUUUCAGUUUUUGGCAUGUUUCUCACUUCGGCGGGUAUGCAAAUUUGGUAUCCGGAAAUUGUUAAUCGUUCAUCGGGUGAAAAUGCCGGUAACAGUUCAUCAGUGUGUGAGAUUUUGGAAGCAUCAUUCGAAAAACAACGCCAAAAUGUGACCACUGUCGAUGCUGAGAUUUGUGAUGAUAGCAUAACAACAAAGACCUACGUUGACAAUAUGAUUGUCGGCUGUGCAUUUUUAGUAGGUUUUGCUAUACAGGGUGCGCUAUUGAACCCCUUGGGUCGCAAAAACGUCUUAUUAGCUGCAUUGGCGAUUGGAACCUUAAGUGGAAUUCUGCUGCAUUUCGUUGUUAAUACACAAGUGGUCUUAGUGCUGUUUUGCUUAUACAUUCUCAUGCCAGGAUUGUCCAUUUCAAUAAUGUGUGGCGCAAUGGUGGAUUUGGUGCCGACGCAUUUAAGAGCCAAAGCGGUUAGUAUUGGUUUGUCGAUGGGCCGUCUGGGUGUGAUAGUCGCCUCAAAUAUGAUUGGUGUAAUGUUGGAGCCGUACUGUAAUACCACUUUUGCCAUACUCACAGCAUCAAUAUUAAUCUGCGGCUUCUUGGUGCAUUUCCUGCCAAUAUAAAGUUAUUAAUUAAUACUUUAUUGGCUCUAAAUAAACGCUGCAAAAGGAUUUUUGCGAUUUAACAUCGAUAUAAAUAUCGUUAUUGUUGUUUUCAACACAAUUGCCUUUAUUUUGCCACGCUUUUGGUAUGGAUUACAAGCUUUAAAUUGUUUAUUACCUAUAAAAUUUGUAUUUAUGUACAUGCCACAAUUAAAUAAAAAUAUUUCUUUAGUUUA